AUGGCUAGUCAGAGAGAGUCGCACGUCUUCCGGGUGACAGGGCUGUCGAGGGAACUGCCUGAUGAGGAUCUCGAGAUCGCAUUGCAAGAGGCACUCAGCGACAACUUCAGCGACGACGAGAGGUCGCACAUGAAGGCCGAGAUCACAAUAGUGCCUUCAUGCUAUGAAAGCGACACACAGACGGUGGCGCUGGUGCAAUUUCGCGGUGGGGUGCCUCAGUUCCUCCAUAAGCUGAGAGUUGACCCUCUUGGAGACUGGCAGGUCGAGGUGGAGGACAAUGACGUCAACUUUGACUGCCACUUCUUUGGAUUUACCCAGCUCUACACGGCGGACGAUAAUGAGCCAGUGGUUGCAGAUAUCAUUGCUAUUGCCGGACUGGAUGGACAUGCGUAUGGAUCGUGGCAAGGAAGAGGAAAUCUCGGUCGGAUGUGGCUCCGUGACUUCCUGUCGAAGGAUCUUCCGCAGUGCCGCACGAUGAUCUACGGGUACAACUCCAAGCUGUCGAGCCACGGAGUCGAUACGAUCCUGGACUACGGGCGGGAGCUGAUGGAGGAGAUCAAGAAAAUCCGGAACACGAAGGAGCUCCAGCAGAGACCUCUGAUAUUCAUCGCACACGGCUUUGGAGGCAUUAUAUUGGCUCACUGCCUGGUGAGGGCUAUCCAGACGAUGGAGGAAGACCACCCAGCGAUCACGUCGCUACAUCGAGCCACGUACGGCAUGAUCCUCUUUGCCAUCCCACGUAAAGGAUUAGUGAUGGACGAUAUCCAGCAGAUGCUAGCAGGGGAUACGAGCCAUCCGCGAGAGCAUCUAUUGCAACAAAUUUCCACCAAAUCGGAUGUCCUAAUCCAUCAACUGGCCGACUUCAAGAAUCUGAUCCGGGACCGUAAGGUGGUCAGCUUCUACGAGACGGAGCAGACGAGGCAGUUGGUAUUGGACUCGGAAAGCGGACGAUGGAAACGCACCGGGGAUUUUCUCACGACGGUUGGCGCAGACUCGGCUCUUCUCCAGCUUCCCGACCAUGUAGAGGACAAGGUGCCGCUGCAUGCAGAUCACUCGAUGGUGGUCAAAUUCGACACGCGCAACACGGCCGGGUAUCGAACGGCGCUCGAUAGACUGCAGCAGUUCUCAAAAGACGCGCCAUCAGUGGUGGCGGCUCGGUUUACGCAGACGCGUCAGAAGCCCCAGACGCGCUCCACGGUGCCUUUUAAGAAGGAUCCGAUGUUUGUGGGCCGUGAAGCUGUUAUCAGUGCGAUCAAGGAAAAACAUGGGGCGAUCGGCCAGCAUCAUGAGCGGGUGGCAUUGGUGGGGUUGGCCGGCGUUGGCUAUCGAGUAUUCUUAUCACGUGCGAAAAUCCACACCGGACACGUGGGUUUUUGGAUCCACGCCAGCAAUGCGGGGCGGUUGGAACAGGGCUACCAGCAGAUUGCCACAGUCGCGGAGAUUCCGGGACGGGAUGAUCCGAAGAUAAACAUCUUCCAGCUCGUGUAUCAGUGGUUGUGUGAUCCACAAAAUGGGCGCUGGCUGAUGGUGCUAGAUAAUGCGGAUAAGGAUGGUGUCUUUUUCAGUGGCAAUGAAUCCAAUGAACGAGGGCCACUGGUGAGGUUCCUGCCCCAGGCCGCCCAUGGAUCAAUCCUGAUCACAUCGCGAAAUGGUCUUGCGGCGCGGAAUCUGGUGGGCAACGAGAGUCAUAUGAUCAAGGUUCAGCCAAUGAGUGAGGAGGAGUCCCUCGCCUUGUUGCGGGUGAGGGUUCCGGCCCCCCAAUCUGGAGAGUCUGCAGAGGAGGAGAAGGCACUGGUCCAGGCACUUGAAUAUAUUCCGCUGGCAAUCACUCAGGCGGGGUCCUAUAUUGCGAAUCGAUCAUCUCGGGUCACGGUCUCCCGGUACCUUCAGUUGUUCCGUGAGAGCGAGUCGAACCAGACACAUCUUCUUCAGCAUGAGGAUGCCAAAGACCUCCGGCGGGACCCCAGUAUUCGGCAUGCGGUCAUUACGACAUGGCAGCUAUCCUUCGAGCAAAUCCGUCAUGACUGGCCGGCGGCGACGGAUCUACUGGCGUUAAUGAGCAUGUUUGAUCGGCAGGGGAUCCCAGAAGGCCUCGUCCGUGCCGAUGGUGAUGGGCUCCAGUUCGAAGAUGCAGUGGCACCGUUGAUCAGUUAUUCUCUUGUUCGGGUUGAAAUUGAAACAGCGUCGUUUGAUAUGCACCGACUAGUUCAGUUAUCGGUCCGGACAUGGCUAGGGAUCCACCUCGAGCUGGCACGGUGGCAAGAGAAGUCGCUAGCCAUCAUGGCAAAGAUAUUUCCCGAUGGACAGUACAAGAGCUGGACUGAAUGUCAAAAGCUGCUUCCGCAUGCGAAGGAGGUGAUGAAGUCAACAUCUGAUGAGCAUGAUGAAGAUCGACUGCAUGUGGCCACGAUUUCCUCAAACUGCGGAUGGUAUUUGAUGCUUCGAGGAACAUAUGAAGAGGCGGAGAUGAUGCAGCGAUGGGCGUUGGACGCACGUGAGAAGGUGCUUGGACACGAGCAUCGCGACACGCUCGCCAAUGUCAGUAAUCUUGGCUUAGUGCUCUUCAGCCAAGGGAAAUAUGAAGAGGCGGAAGCGAUGCAUCGACGGGCGUUAGAAGCACGAGAGAAGGUACUUGGACGCGAGCAUCCCUUCACGCUCACCAGUGUCAAUAACCUUGGCAAUGUGCUCUAUAGGCAAGGGAAAUAUGAAGAGGCGGAAGUGAUGCAUCGACGGGCGUUGGAAGCACGAGAGAAGGUAAUUGGACGCGAGCAUCGCGACACGCUCGCCAAUGUCAGUAAUCUUGGCUUAGUGCUCUUCAGCCAAGGGAAAUAUGAAGAGGCGGAAUCGAUGCUCCGACGGGCGUUGGAAGCACAAGAGAAGGUACUUGGACGCGAGCAUCCCUUCACACUCAGCAAUGUCAAUAACCUUGGCGGUGUGCUCUCCAGGCAAGGGAAAUAUGAACAGGCGGAAGUGAUGCAUCGACGGGCGUUGGAAGGGAGUGAAAAUGUGCUUGGACGCGAGCAUCCUGACACGCUCACCAGUGUCAAUAACCUUGGCAGUGUGCUCUCCAAUCAAGGGAAAUAUGAAGAGGCGGAAGCGAUGCAUCGACGGGCGUUGGAAGCACGAGAGAAGGUGCUUGGACACGAGCAUCCCUCCACGCUCACCAGCGUCAGUAGCCUUGGUAGUGUGCUCUCCAAUCAAAGGAAUUAUGAAGAGGCGGAAGCGAUGCAUCGACGGGCGUUGGAAGCACGAGAGAAGGUGCUUGGACGCGAGCAUCCCUCCACGCUCACCAGUGUCAGUAGCCUUGGCGAUGUGCUCUGCAGCCAAGGGAAAUAUGAAGAGGCGGAAGCGAUGCAUCGACGGGCGCUAGAAGGAUAUGAAGAGGUGAUUGGACGCGAGCAUCCCUCCACGCUCACCAGUGUCAAUAACCUUGGCUUAGUGCUUGACAAGCAAGGCAAAUAUGAAGAGGCGGAAGCGAUCCAUCGACGGCACUAG